CAAUGUUUUCCAACCUUCUGAGAUAACAUUACAUUCCAAAUGACUGUGAAAAUAUUGAAUUUAUUGAGAGGAAAUGAAAAAGUCCUGACUUUAAUCGUAUGAACUUCUGAAAAAGUAAUUUGAGAAUUUUUGCGAGCUGUCCGUUAACGACCCGUAGAAUUAACAAAAAGUAAUCAAGAAAAAGACACUGAUCUUAUGGAAUCAAUCAAUAAGUCAAGUCCUUGAAUUAUCUCCAAAAAUUCCAAAAGCUUUUAAUCUCUUAAAUACAUAUUCCACUCAAAAUGCCAAAAUAGAUCCCCAUAAAAUUAAAAACCCCUUGUCCAAUCACAAUCUCCAAUUUUUGGAGCACGUCUUCAGGCGCAUGCGUCGUGUCGCUUUAAAUUACUCAUACAAAAACCGGUAGAACCAAAACAGUUACCCCUAACCAACAGGACUCCGAAAAAGAUCUAAAAAGAUUCGCACUCUUCAACAUUUCAUGCAGAAGAAAUCGGAGCAGCGAUGGUGACGCUGGGUGACAGCACCCUGGCGGCGCUGAUCCAGUCAGAUGACUUCCUUUCCCUGCGAUCCUCCAGAGAGCCCUUGAAGGAGACUUCUCCGAACCUCCCCCACCCCUCUAGAACAGUUAAACCCCCUCUCCAGACUUCAAAAUCGAAACAAAACGCAUCCUUGGAAGCAUAUUUCAAUGAGAGUCUCGUCCUCUCCCGGUCGAGAUACACCCAACGCACACAGAAGACGCUCCUGACUCCCCCCAGGUCCUCAAAACGACAGAAAACCUCAAGAAAUCCCUCUCCGUCGAGCGAAGUGUCCCACAACGUCACUGAUAUCUCGUCAGCAUGUCAAGAAGCUCCAUUACCAUCACGAGAUGAGCCUCAGGAUGGGACUGACUUCCGAACUUCCAAUCCCUUAUCAUCGAGGACAAAGGAACCUCCCUCCAACACUUCCAAAAUCUCCAGCAAGACUUCACUAAUAUUGAAACAUCCAAAAUUCUCCUUUCGUGCAGCAAGAAACCUUCAGAAAAUCCCCUCUAUUCCAUCAGAAUUAUCGCCAGAUCUUUCAAAACCAUCAUCUAGCAGAGCUCCGAAGGCUCUUCAGACCCUCCAGAAACCCUCAUCCUCGUCUUCACAGACAGGUCCACCAAAAAUUUCCACAAAAGCUGGAGUCAGCUCUGUCUCUACAUCAUCAUCUUCUAAACAUCAAGAUCAACCCCUCCAAAAACCUGCUGCAUCAUCUUCAAGCGGAAAUUUCCCAAAAAUCUCGACGAUUCAGCCUUCCUUACAACCAUUCCCAGACGCUUCAAAAUCCCCUACCUCCGGUCGUCAGGACCUUUCCGAAAACUUCGAAAAGCUCUCGCCAUCGUCCUCGAAGUCUGUAUCCCUUAACCCCUCCUCAAUUGCCUCAUCCUCACUCGUGUCCACGCAAGCUCGUCUGAAAUUGUCCUCUUGGGGUCUCCCGGUGACAAUCCUCCGGAAAUACCACUCGAGAGGGCUUCACUCCAUGUUUCCCUGGCAAGUAGCAUGUCUCUCUACCCCCAACAUCCUCAGCAAAUCCAAAAACCUCGUCUAUUCGGCACCGACCUCUGCCGGUAAGACCCUUGUCUCAGAAAUUCUCAUUAUCAAAACCGUCAUCGAGCGUCGCAAGAAGGUCAUUUUCAUUCUGCCAUUUGUCUCGGUGGUUCGCGAGAAGAUGUACUACUUCCAGGAUCUACUGUCCGAAUCCGGGGUGCGGGUGGAGGGAUUCAUGGGUGGGGUCCAGCCCCCCGGGGGAUUCUCAUCGACAGACGUUGCGAUAGCAACGAUCGAGAAAGCGAAUUCACUGAUCAAUCAAAUGCUGGAGGCAGGAGGGCUAGGAGACCUCGGGGCAGUUGUCAUCGACGAACUCCACCUCCUAGGCGACCCCUUCCGUGGAUAUCUCUUGGAACUUCUGUUGACGAAACUGAAGUACAUGACCCUUAAACAAGAGAACGUGAAAAUUCAGCUGAUAGGCAUGUCCGCAACCCUCCCUAAUCUCGAUGUCCUAGCAAAGUGGCUGGAUGCAGAGCUCUUCAAGACAGAUUUCCGGCCAGUGCCAUUAAAGGAGCUCUGCAAGAUAGGUCGAAAUCUCUACGACGAUCAACUGAUCUCUCAAAAGACCCUGACCCCCUGUGCCGAACUCCCUCAAGACCCCGACGACAUCAUCGCUCUCUGCUUGGAGACCUUGGCCGAUGGCCACAGCGUACUGAUCUUCUGUCCCACCAAGAAUUGGUGUGAAACUCUAGCUCGUCAGAUCUCCAGUUCCUUUUCUCAUCUUGGUAGAACAGAUACCCCGAUUGGCCAGAGUUUACGUUCUGAACUCAACAAAGACGCCAUCAUGGACACUCUGGAGCAACUGAAACGCUCCCCGUGCGGUCUUGACAGUGUCCUCAGGUCGACGGUCUCCUUCGGGGUGGCAUACCAUCACGCAGGCUUGACUAUGGACGAACGCGAUGUCAUCGAAGGGGCCUUUCGCUCCGGGGCCUUGCGUAUUCUCACCGCGACAUCGACAUUGAGCAGCGGAGUGAAUCUCCCAGCAAGACGCGUCAUCAUCCGGACGAUUAUGUUCCACGGUCGUCCAAUCGACACUUUAACUUACAAACAGAUGAUCGGACGAGCCGGACGAAUGGGAAAGGACAGUGCGGGAGAGAGUAUCCUUAUCUGUAAGCCUAAUGAGCAGCCAGCACUGAAGAAUCUUCUGACAUCUUCACUUCCGCCUAUUGAAUCCUGCCUCCAGGGUAGCGCACCCCUGAUCCGAAGCCUCCUGGAGGCAGUGGCGUCCGAGGUGGCUUACACCCUGGAGGAUAUUCUCCUAUACACCAGGUGUACCUUGCUAAGCUUCACAAAAAUUCCGGAGGAAGUGGAAAGCUCAACAAAAUCCGCUGUCAACUUCCUCGUAGAGAACGAACUCCUGCUUCCACAGGUCGCUGAAUCCGGGGAGCGACGGUGGGUGGCAACGCAGCUGGGAAAAGCCUGCCUGGCAGCUUCAGUUCCUCCGAAGGAUGGUCUCUUCCUCUUCGAGGAGCUCCAGAAGGCGAGAAGGUGUUUCGUUCUGGACACAGAACUGCACGUGAUCUACCUCGUCACGCCCAUUAGUUCCAGCAGUCUCAUCGGCCAGAUCGACUGGUCCAUCUUCCUGAGUAUCUGGCGCGAUAUCUCGGACAGUGAUAGACGAGUGGGACAGUUGGUGGGUGUCAGCGAGACCUUCAUUCUGAGGGCGACAACAGGAAACAUCAGACAAGGAAAGACUCUGGACGCUCACAAACGAUUCUAUACAGCUCUCGCUCUUCACGAUCUAGUUCGAGAGGUUCCCUUGAACGUCGUCUGUAGGAAAUACUCGUGCUGUCGAGGCGUCAUCCAGAGUCUCCAACAGACAGCUGCGACCUUCGCGGGGAUGGUGACGCAGUUCUGUCAGAAACUUGGCUGGAACUGCGUCGAGCUCCUGGUGUCGCAGUUUCAGACGAGACUGCAAUUUGGUGUCUGCAGAGAGCUGUUGGACCUCCUGAGACUGCCGUCGUUAAAUGGAUUGCGGGCUAGAAGUCUCUUCAAGGAGGGAAUUACGACUGUUGCGGAACUGGCUGUUGCUGACGAGUUGGAUGUUGAGAGGGCACUGUAUAAGGCACUUCCUUUCGAGAGCGAGAGGAAUCAGCUGGGAGAGGAUGGCCUCGACGCCGAGAGGAGGAGGCAGAUGAGAACCAUUUUUGUGACUGGGAGGGAUGGGUUAACUCCCAGAGAAGCUGCUGUUCUGAUUGUGAAGGAAGCCAGGGUGAUGGUGCAGAAUGAACUGGGAGUAGAGGGAGUUCACUGGGAAAAGAAAAAUUCAUUUGGAGGCACAGCACAGAGCACUUCUGGCUCGGUGUGCACGACCAUUGGUGAUGUGGAGGACGUGGUCAGGAAGGAGUCAGGGCUGGAGAACUUGAGCUCAUCUGAGGUGGGAAUGAAUGAUGGCGGGAUGGGGGCUGCAGGACUCAGACCUCAGGACGUUCAACAAGUUGGUAGAGAUGAUGUUCAAGAUUCUUUGAAGACAGAUGUCCAAAAUCCUGAAAUGGUGACAGACGUGACCCCAAAAACUCCUGUAGCUGAGGAAAAAUUUGAUGAAGGGUCAGGUGAAUCAUCGGGACCUUCAGUGGAGCCAUCAAAAACUCCCAGGAUCUCGUUACUAAGGACGUCCCUGGCUAAAUCAUCAGCAUCCAGAAGCCCAAGCCUCUUUGAUGAUAGUUUAGGCCUGGACACUGUGGAAUACGGAAUUUUGGAGCAGAACGUCAUUGAUCUCGACAACUCUGUGUUCUCGGAGGAACUGUCGUCUUUCAAAUUCCCAGGAACAUCCGAAAAUCCGUCCAAAGUUCAAAUCGAUGAAUUCGUGAAGCCAGAGACACCCCAGUCUCGUCCAGCUUCAGUGACUGACGAAAACCGCAGUAAGUCCCUGAUUUGGGACGAGGACUCGUGGAACAACACAAAUGCCGUCCUCGAACAGUUGAAAAAACUGAAGACUCCACCGAAAUCGCAGAAAAUUAAAGUCCUUUCCAAGGAGAAGUCGAGUCUAGAGAAAGUGAGGAAGACUUCGAAGAGGAAGUUGAGCAGUCCAAGUGUGGAAAUGUCUCCCAUUAUGAACGUGAUAACUUACAACAGCCCAGGAGCGCUGUCCACAGGAUCCAAUAAGUCUGAGGACGACAUAAUUGUCGCUUCCCAGAGUAUAGACAGAAUCGGCAGUGCUACGAAAACGAGAACUAGGAUGAAACUGGAGUCCAUAAGGAUGAGAACACAGAGAACAGCGACGAAGACCCAGACAACAAUUCCAAAAGUAUUGCUUCGUCAAGAGAUAUCCAACAUGAAGACUUUUGUGUGCGACGACUGCAGCAUUAUCGUGAACUCUGACGACGAAGUCCAGAAGAGGACAAUCAAUCCGUCAAGAACGAAGACAAUUCUCAAAACUCAGAAAGUCCAGCGAGAGAAGCUGAAGCGACCAGAUUUCAAGGACCUGGAGAUCGUCAACAUCACGGAGAAGGUGAAGUUCAAUGAAUUCAGGCAGAAACUGGCCUCCAAGUCAAAGAUCUCGAUAGCACUAGCUUGUGAAGCGUACCUGAAGGACACGAUAACGAUAGGAACGAAGAUAAUCGGGGCGUCGAACCUCCAGGAAGUUGGCAAACGAUCGAAAAGAGUUGACACGUGUGUUCACAAUGACAAACGUCUUUGUGGGGUGGCGCUGUCUUGGGGGAAGUCCGUCUAUUUCUUGUCGUUCGACAACUCCUCAGAGGCGAACAGAGUCGCCAUGAAGGAGCGGGUUACCCUGCUGACUGAAUUAUUGAGAUCGAGGAUUGUCGUCCGGUGCUUCUCCACGAAGGAUACUUAUAAGACCCUCUUCAGGUGCUGUAGUAUCACACCGUCGUGCGGAUUUCUGGAUCCUCAGGUGGCCCAUUGGUUGCUGAACCCAGAUUCUCCUGAGAAAACCUUCGCCAAUUUGGUCCAAGAGUAUCUGCCAGAGGCCCUGGGCCUCCUCCACCGGUUAGGACCUUUAUCUGGGCCUUCAGGCCCUGGGUCAAACCUCAAGAGCUCCACCUCCAGCGACCUCAGAGCGUCCACCGAAGCUUUGCUGACAUUCUGGAUGCAGCACGCGCUCUCAAAAAAACUAGAGAAUAUUUCCACGAGAUUAUUGAAAACCUUUGAAGACCUAGAGAUGCCGAUAGUGAUUUUGCUGGCCAGAAUGGAGCUCACUGGGUUUGGGGUGAAUCUUCAAGCUCUCCAAGAGCUCUCGUCAGUCAUCCAGGAUCAGCUGACUUCAAUAGAAUCCAAAGCUUAUACGAUUGCUGGUAGGAGAUUCAAUUUCUCCUCGUCCAAGAGUGUAGCUGGGGUCUUGGGGAUGAAUACCACGAAGAAGGUCUGCACCAAUAAAGCAGUUCUCGAAGCCUCGACAGAUCCCAUCGCUAAACUAGUCGUCAACUGGAGGAAACUCUCCUCCACGCACACCAAGAUGGUUUGUCCCCUACUGAUCCUCGCAGAGAAGUCUUCAAGGAUUCAUGGGACCUGCGUUACAUGCACUGCUACUGGGAGAGUCUCCAUGCACGAGCCCAAUCUUCAGAACGUUCCCAGGGACUUCGAGUCAGCAGACAACAGUUUCGUUAUCAGUGUCAGGAUGGCAUUCGUGUCAAAUAUGGGGAACGUGAUAGUCUCUGCUGACUAUUGUCAAUUGGAGUUGAGGAUUCUCGCGCAUUUUUCGGGGGAUGAUAAACUCCUGGAGGCUCUCAGGAAGCCUGGAGAUGUCUUCAAAAAUAUUGCCGCUAAGUGGUACAACGAGGACGAGGAGAAAAUUGAUGAUGGCAUGAGACAGAGGACCAAGCAGUUGUGCUAUGGAAUGAUAUAUGGAAUGGGGACGAGAAGUCUGGCUGAAACUCUCCAGGUUGAUGAAACAGAGGCAAAAAUCUUCAUGGAAACCUUUAUGAAGAGCUAUCCUGGAGUGAAGAGAUGGCUCACUGAGGUCGUUGAAGAGGCCAGGAAAGAUGGCUUCGUGGAGACGUUGAUGGGCAGGCGGAGAAGCCUUCCAGCACUGAGGAGUGAAAUUUCUGGGGAAAGGGGACAAGCAGAAAGACAGGCGGUCAACACCAAAGUCCAGGGGUCUGCUGCGGAUCUCGCGAAGAAGGCGAUGGUCGAUGUCGAUGCCAGGAUUAUAGAGGAAUUCGAGGGAGGGGGGCUCGUCCUGCCUGAGAUGUCUGUCAGGAGAAAACUGAGGAGCAGCAGAGAUGGGGGGUCUAGAGGGGGCUUCCUAGUGCUCCAACUGCACGACGAACUUAUUUAUGAAGUCAACGAGAAAGACCUGGGGAGGGUCGUUAGGAGCAUCAGGGAGGGGAUGGAAGGGGUGGCUGGGGUUGGGCUUAAAGUGCCACUCCCAGUAAGGGUCAAGGUGGGAACAGCCUGGGGAAAUCUUGAAGAGUAUCAAGGGGAUUAGGAUCUUGAAAGUUUUGGAGUUAUAUUUUGUAAAAUUUAUUUAUUUCGUUGAAGGGGGUUUUUAGUUGUUGAUCAUUGUAAAUAUUGGGUGAAUGGAGAUUUUCAUGGAGAUUUUUAAAAUACUUUUUGUGCUUUUUGUAAAUUGAGGAGAUUUACAGAGAAGUUUCGGUGCUUUAAUGAAUGAUAGUGAUGAGGUGAUUUUUUUUAUACUUUAGAAUUUUUAAAAAUGAACUUGGAACAUAUCGUGUAUUUUGUAUCAUAUUGGAUGAUUAGAAUUGAAUCAAUUUGUAAAUAGGCAAAAUAUUAAUGAGUAAUUUAUAAGGUUUUUUAAAAAGUAUUUCAUUCCGUUGAACGGGUUUUUGAAUGUCAUAUUAAUUAGGGAUUGUAAAUAUUGAAUGAGAAUUGUUGUAUGGAUGAGGAUGUUUAUCAUUGUGGCUCAUAUUUUUUUACUCCACUUUUUGGGGAUUGUGUGAUGAAGUUCAGUGAUUUUUAAAUAUUUAUAACAAUGAGAGGAAGAUUUUUUACACUUCAAGCCUCACUACUUCAUUGAUGAUAUUCAUCGUUUAAUUUUAAUUGAGCUCCAUGAUUAGGAUUGAUUCAUUGGUGGAUGGCAGGAGUAUCAACGCCUAUGUUCUAGACUUGUAACAAAAAUGUUCAAUAAACAAAUUGAAUUUUUUACUCUCUAAAUCGUGCAGUUUUCUUAAUUAAAUUUUUCAAAAAGUAGAACCCUACUUCUAACUCAAAACUCAUUAAAUCAAAAUUGGCCUCUCAGAGGCCACCAAUUUA